GCUCCGGUUCGAUCCUCGUUCCCGGUGACAGCAGAGAGUGGGGGGGCAUGAGCCGCGGGCACUGAGCGCACCUGCCCGCGCCGGAAGCCUCUUCUCUCCGGGAGCGCAGCAGGUGAUGCGCCCUGCGGGACUCGAGUCGUUUACCGGAGACGAUGGCGGAGCUGUUGAACCACAACUCCACGUCCUCCUGGAACCGCUCCGCCGCGGGACAGGACCGCUUCAGCAGCCUGGAUGACAUCGACGUGCCGGCGGACGGGUCCCCGACCCUGCGCAUCCUCAUCUCCAUCGUGUACUCGGUGGUGUGCGCCGCCGGGCUGGUGGGGAACCUGCUGGUGCUGUUCCUGAUGAAGGUGCGCCGCGGCAGGAAGAAGCGCUCCAGCAUCAACCUGUUCAUCCUCAACCUGGCGGUCACGGACUUCCAGUUCGUGCUCACUCUGCCCUUCUGGGCUGUGGACACGGCCCUGGACUUCAGCUGGCCCUUUGGAAACGCCAUGUGCAAGAUCAUCCUGUCCGUGACCGUGAUGAACAUGUACGCCAGCGUGUUCUUCCUCACCGCCAUGAGCGUCACCCGCUACUGGUCGGUGGCCUCUGCGCUGAAGGACCGGACCCGUCGGCGGGUGUGCCCUGUGCGCUGGGUGAUCGCGGGGCUCUGGGUCUCCGCCACCGUGGCCUCUUUGCCCACAGCGAUCUUCUCCACGGUGAAGAGCGUGGCCGGAGAGCGGCUGUGCCUCCUGGGCUUCCCGGACGGACAGUCGUGGCUGGCGCUGUACCACCUCCAGAAGAUCCUGGUGGCCUUCGUGUUCCCCAUGCUCAUCGUCACCGUGUGUUACCUGCUGCUGCUGCGCUUCGUCCGCCUGCGCAGCAUGAACAACAACCAGGUGAAGCGCAGGUCCCGGGUCACCCGCUCCGUCACCAUCGUCGUCCUCUCCUUCUUCGUCUGCUGGAUGCCCAACCACGCCAUCACCCUCUGGGGCGUCCUGGUCAAAUUCAACCUGGUCAACUGGGAUAAGACGUACUACAUGGUGCACACGUACGUGCACCCGGUGACCGUGUGCCUGGCGCACACGAACAGCUGCCUGAACCCGGUGCUGUACUGCCUGAUGCGCCGGGAGUUCAGGAAGAAGAUGAAGGAUCUGUUCUGGAGGAUUUCGUCGCCCACCGGGACGAACACCUGUCACAUGCGACCGUUCUCCGGGACCGUGAGAGCGGAGCCGGACGACACGCAGGUGGUCAUCCCGCUGAACAACGUGGAGACGGAGAACUGCAGACUGUCGGUUUUAACGGACCAGUGCGACACGGACGCGCUGCAGCGGUGAAGAGAGUUUCAGAGAAAAGACAAACUGUCGAUGUUUCACUUUAUGAGCCACUAACGAGGAUCAGGGACUCCAGGUCUUCACUGGAGAUCUGUUUCCAAACUCAAGAUCAUGUCUGGGUUCGUCGUUUCUGGAGAAAAAAAAAAUCUGUAAAGCACCGGAGAAAUCAUCCCAGAUGUAAUAAGUGUUUUUAGAUUUUCAUCCAACGGAUUUUAAUGUAUUUUUAUCACAAUUUAAAAGUGUGAAACAAUCAACCACUGUGCGUAAAUUGCGCGUAAAGGCGCGUUGCGUAAAACCAUCCAGCAGCUGCUUUUGUGCUUCACCUGCGUCUGACCGCGCUCUGCAGCGAGGAGCUGAGCGGAGCUGAGUCUGGGGAUGUGAAGGAUUUGUCUGCUGCUUGAUGUCGUUAUUUAGGAGCGGAGGAGCCACGGUCCUCUCCUCCUCCUGCAGGAGGAUCCAGCUGCUGCUUCAAACAUCUUUCUGUGGAGUUUAUUGACGUUCGUUGUGGCUGAUGUGUAAAAUGUACAAGCUUGAGUAACUGAAUGUAAAAAAAAAACUGCCAAUGCGACCUUCAAGUCAAUGUUUGUAGAAUAAAAUAUCUGUGUUGACCUGA